AAAAUAAUUUAGAUUGUAGAUAUUGUAAAGAAGAUAAUAAUAAUAUGGCAGUACCAUCAGAAAGUAUUAUUAAUUCCAAUAUGAAUGAUCCGGUAACUAAAGCAGUUGUCGACAAUAUUAUGGGUAAUUUGCCAACGAAGAAACCUCAUGUACGUUGCAAUGACUGUGACUUAUCAUUUACUAGCCAAACAGUAUUAGAUACACAUUUGCAAGGCUCACGUCACGCAAAACAGAUAAGGUCGAAAAAUAUAAUGGCUUCGUUGGAAGAAACUAAAGUUGCAUUUACCAAGGACUCCGACACUAACGGACUUAAAUGUAACGUUUGUAAUGUCUGCCUAAACUCCAUACAACAACUUCAAACUCAUUUAAAUGGAAGUCGACACAAAAAAAAGGCAUUGAGAGGUGGUUGGUACGGAAAAGAAGUUGUCACACAAGGUAGUUCAUUGGUUGCUCCUGCAAUCAACAACAUACAGGAUUCUGGUCCUAUGAAGGCCGUCUCACUGUCAUGUGAUAUAUGCAACAAAUUUUUCAACUCUCCUUCGCAAUACAAUGUGCACAUGAAAUCCAAGAAGCACACUGGCAAAAUGAAGAGAGCUAAGACUCAAAAAAAGAAACGAUUUUCUCCAUAUUGGAAAAAACCAAAAUCCGAUACAAAUUCGACCACUGUACAAUCAUUGUCAAAUAAUUUUGUACCGGGUGGCUUUACGAAUCAAACAUAGUGCUAAGAAUUAUUUUUUUGUUUAAUUCACCAGUCGACUCAGUUCAUUUCCUUCCGAUGAAUUUUUACUUUCGAUGUUUGACGAACACAAUUCUUCUGAGGAAAUUGAUCGUAUA